AUGCAUUCUCAACACCUGUUCGCUACUCUUGCGCUCACCUUGCCGGCCUUGGUGACGGCCACCGUUUCCCAAAUGGGCUGCUACUCCUCAGUCCCUGGUCUUAAAGAUGAGGGCGACUUUACCUUCCAAAGUCUGGGUUACUGCCAAGAAAAGUGCGAGCAGGGCGGUUUCCGCAUCGCUGCUCUGACCGGAGGAACCCAAUGUCUGUGUGGAAACGAGUUCCCACCAAGCUCGGCCCUGGUGGACGAUGACAAGUGCGAUCUCACGUGCCCUGGCUGGCCCGAAGAUGAAUGUGGGGGUAAUGACUACUACAACGUCCUCAGCAUCGGCGAAUACAUUGAAGUGUCCGAUUCCAGCUCCGCCUCCUCGACCUCGGUUAGCUCGACAUCGGCAAGUGCGUCCACAAUCGCCGGCGGCAUCAUUGUCGCUCCAACAAACCUCAACCCAUCAUCCGUGCCGACCGCUAUCCUGACCGCCACCGAUUCUUUGGUCACCAGUGCCAGCGCCAGUGUCAGUGCCAGUACUAGCGCCAUCGCCUCCAAAUCUGUUGUUGCUGCAGCCAUUACCUCUGUGUCCAGCAGUGCAUCGGCAUCGCCAACCGUGAAUGCCGCGAACGCAAUGCACGCCGGGUCAUCAGUCAUUGGCGCUGCAAUCGCUGGCCUUGGUCUGCUGUUGUAA